GAAAGUUAAGUGAAGUAGGAAUAUUAUGCAGCCCGCCGCUGACUUCGUCUUCGUCGUUAUCAUUUCUAAUACCUCCAUUGAAGUUUCCCUAUUAGUACUAGCUGCCAUUCUUAGAGCUGGGAGUCCUGCACUGAAUUGUCUGUCUCCUAUCAAUGGAAAGAGCAAAGUCAUCCGUUGAACAAAUCCAACCCCCGACUUAUGGGAACUUGGUAACCAUUCUGAGCAUCGACGGCGGUGGCAUUAGGGGUAUAAUCCCCGCCACUAUUCUUGCUUUCCUCGAAUCUAAACUCCAGGAGCUGGACGGGGAGGAUGCAAGACUUGCAGACUAUUUCGAUGUGAUCGCAGGAACAAACACGGGCGGUCUUGUGACGGCCAUGCUAGCUGCUCCGGAUAAAAACAAUCGCCCCGCUUUUGCUGCUAAAGAUAUCAAACCCUUUUAUCUGGACCACUGCCCAAAAAUUUUCCCUCAGCGCGGGGGGGUGUGCGCGACGGUGGUAGCAAAAGUAAUCAGAUCGUUGGGAGGACCCAAAUACGACGGAAGAUAUCUUCACUGGAUCGUCGGAGAGAAGCUGGGAGAAACUCGUCUGCAACAGACGCUUACCAACGUUGUCAUUCCCACCUUCGACAUCAAGACCUUGCAGCCAACCAUUUUUUCUUCUUAUCAGAUUAAGAGGAAUCCUUGCCUGAACGCAAGACUCGCAGACAUAUGCAUCAGCACAUCGGCGGCGCCUACUUAUCUUCCUGCCCACCACUUCAAGAACCAAGGCGCUGGCAAAGAACGUGAAUUCAACCUCAUUGACGGUGGCGUGGCUGCAAAUAAUCCGACUCUAGUGGCUAUGAACCAGAUAACGAAACAGAUAAUGGACGAGAAUCCGGACUUCUACGCGUUGAAGCCCCUGGAAAUUAGGCGCUUCCUAAUAAUCUCACUAGGGACGGGCACGCCCAAGAAUGAGCAAAAAUUCACUGCACAAGUAGCAGCCAAGUGGGGCCUACUGGAUUGGCUAUCCCACGGGGGCUCUACGCCUUUAGUGGACGUGUUCACUCAAUCAAGCGCGGAUAUGGUUGAUUUCCAUGUAGCUACUGUCACUCAAGCACUUCAAUGCGAAGAUCAUUAUCUCCGAAUACAGGAUGAUACACUGACGGGCACAGAUUCUUCUGUCGACAUUGCUACGGCAGAGAACUUGCGGAAGCUGGAACAGAUUGGGGAAAGGCUGUUGAAGAAACCUGUCUCUAGGGUGAACCUGGAGACUGGGCAGUUUGAGCCAGCAGAAAACGGUGGGACCAAUGAGGAAGCUCUCGUUAGGUUUGCGAAUUUACUUUCCCAUGAGAGAAGACUCCGAGAUAUGAGAUCUCCACACACCAACAAGGCCUUGAGAAGCGGCGCCGUCGUCAAAUUGGAUGUGUCCGUCUAGCAGUUUCGAUUCAAAUUCUAAUCAAUUUAUGGUUCAGCUUCAUCAGUAAACUUAUGGAAUUUCAUGUCCUUACUUUUCUCUUUAAUUAUUAGUAUCCCAUCUUCUCAUGCAACGACUUUUCUUUGAUUGGAAGUUUAAUUUAAUCAAAUCCAUGCCCGGAAUAAAUGCUGUCGGGAUGAUUUUUUA